AUGACUGGAUACGCUAUACUGCUCGUUAAGAUAUGGUUGACCUCCAAUGUAGUUAUAGUACCGGUGCUAGGUUUGCAAAAUUCGCAACCAAAAUGUCGCAAUACUAAAAAUGGCGCCUUAUACGCUCUGAAAGAAGCAACGGUGACAUGGCGACACAGUGAAACGAGAAACGGGAAACCUUUCGAAAACUCUAGAAGACGAAGUUGCAUGCCAUAUUCAGCAUUCGUACCGCUGGGUAACAGAGGAAUAUGUGAUAAGUUGGUGUCAAGAGCUAGCAAACAAAACGGAUCGGCCGAAUGCAAGGCUACGAACGACCCCGGCAUAAAUGGAACAUCAAAUUUUAAAGACAGUCUUCCGUUAGAGCAUCUAUUCAAUAGGAAACAAUAUGAUAUAGGACUUCCGCCGGAUAAAGUCGAAGAUCUUAGAGCUAUGCUGGACGAAGUGUAUCUAGACGGAAAUGGCAGUGAUGAAGAUGAGGCGCAUCCGCUCAGCGAUGUCUAUCUCAAGUACUGGUCAAGAGAACCGAACGACAGAGAUGUAUUGAUGCGAAACUUGGAAAUGCUAAUGAAAGAAGUGGACAAAGUAGGAGACUACGCCGAAGCAUGUAAAAACCUGGGAUUUCCAGAACCACUAACGAUCAAACCUGAACUUACAUCGGCUCUACUCAGGGAUAUGUUCAACCUUAGAGCGAAACCAAAAUCUUACACUCAAUAUAUAGCAGAAGCAUUGGGUUUGGACAAAAUUCUCGGAUACUUUUCAGGGAAAGAAAAGCAGCAGCGAUCCAGUAUCUGGCCAUUUGGAAUAGAGAUUCGGGACCCUAAUACGGAAAUUCAACCUCUAACGGAAACCGCGCUUAGAGGAUACCUUGGGGCACCUUAUUAUGAUCAUGUUGCAGAGUUGGCGAAGCGCAACCCAGAGAACGCCAGGAGGAUACUCACUGUGAUACAUCGUAUAUAUACACCGCCAGUAUUAUUCAUUGAGAUGCAUCCGGAACGAGCACCUACUGACCAUGAUUUGUAUAUGGAUUCUGAAAAUGUGAGAAAGGCGCAAUCUGAGGCAUACAAGAAAUUUGUAAAUACAUACCCAGAUUUGAAAUGGCCAGUAGACGACGAAAGCUUUCUUGAUGUAUACAAUACAUGGUACCCAGAUGACAAAUCUAUGCCGCUAAACUCCCUGCAAGAGCUUAUGAAAGAAGGAUAUGGUAGUGGUGCUAAUCUCAAAGCGCCAAACUUUUUCUAUAGGUUCAUAGCACUACCUACGAUGAGCUGUGCCGCAGGUGCGGCUUUCGGAGGCUUGCUGGCGACGACCAUCAAUGCGGCAGCCGGGUUGGUUGCAGGUAUCAACCUGCAAGGUAUCAUCGGUACUAAGAUGUGCUCUGCAGCUAUAGCUCUAUCCACAUGGUUCGGCAUGUCCAGGGAUAUGACUGUGAAAGGUGAUAUAUUUGAUGUCGCGCUUAAAAAUCUUGUGGAUAAUGCGCUAGAGAACCCUAAAAUGUUGCAACAGGCAGCUUACAGUGGACUAAUACCUAAGGAUGACGUAAUCUCAGGGGUGGAAAGGUUCGUAAUACAUUGUACCCUAGCGGCGUUCGGCAGGGCCAUGCGUCUCGCUAAAGAAGGAAAGGGGAUAGAGACGUGGAAUCAUCUAGCAAGACAAGUUGGAAGGGUUGCAGAAGUUUGCCUGCCGAUAUGUGGAGUUUCUGUUUAUCGUAUAGUUUAUUUUGCGGCCUGUGACCUAGCGUCAUCCGACGACCUUCCGUGCACAGAUGGUGGAGAAGUACUGGGUACCGAUAUAUCUGGAGAUCCGGAAUAUGAAGAUGAUGAUUACUCAGAAUUGUACAAAAAGCAACAUGAAGAGUUAGGGAUACCGCCACCGGACACACACAGGCCUCGAUAUGAAAGAAAUGCUCUGUUGUUUACUACAUUUUGCCUACAGGCAUUUGGUAACCUCAAGAAUUUCAAACGGACUUCGGACGAAGAGAUCGAUAAAUACAAAGAGUUUUUGCGAGAAAUAAAGAUGUUGAAUGUCUCAGAAGACGCAUGGGAUAACCUUAAGGAUCAACCGAUGAUGCCGUCAACCCUAGACAACGUGGAAAAAUUCUCAAAGGAGCUGGAACAGACGGGAGGUAAGCUUAAACGGAUAACAUUGGAGCGCGAAUAUGGUUUUGAUCCUGUAAACGGGAUAAUGGGCGAAACUGAAAAGCAGAAACAUCACAGGAUGCAAAUAGAACUGCAAGAAGCAAGGGACGCCGUAGCAGGUGUCACCACUCCAAUUGGAUACAAACUCGAGAUGCUCAAGGCCAUGGCUAUGACGAUGUACCUCCGUGAAGAGUGGCUUUUGCCGAAAUUCAGGGAAUUUCUAAAACAGCAAUGUAUCGAGUUUCUCGGUGCCGAGAUUGAAAAUAUGAACGCUAAUAUCGACGAGCUGAUUCAAGGGUUCCAAAUUAGGAAAGAGCAGAACGAUAUGACCAAGUAUGCUGCGAUGAUACACCUAGCUCGGGAUUUGGACAAAAGAAACGCUUUGGACCACGACAAGAUAUUGGAAAUGGCAAGGGUUGCCGGGAUACCUGAAGACUUGGCACUAGACGCAUGUAGUGUUGCCUUAUUCCCUAAGCUAAUGGAAGAACUUUCGACAUGGGACCUUGAAUCGGUCACUGCUGAGACUAUAGCUGAUGUUAAGAAUCGAUAUAGGUGUAAGGACCUUGUUUUCAUCAAUGCGUUGUGCGAGGUUAUCAAGAAGAUGGCCGCCGGGUCGAAAAAGGAGAUGCUGAAUGCUCGUAAAAAAUACAAUUGGAAUUUGGUAGAAAAGCAUCUGGGCGAUUUGCUUAGAAGUAAAACUGCUAUUAUCAACGCAGCAGCAAGCACCAUCGACUGCAAACUAUGGUACCGUAUAGAGAGGGCGUUUCGAUUUAACAUUCCGUUUUUGGAGCAUGUGUUUGAUGAUGACGAGAUUGUAGGUAGAGGGAGGCUUGAGAGAAUAGAGAAUCAUGAUUGGGAGUUGCAGGACCCGCCCCCGAAAAAGUCGGACUAUGAAAUCGCAGAGGAAGAAUUCAACGCUGAGCUUGAGAAUAAGGAACCUAUACCGCUUAGCGGAGAAGAUAAUACUACACCUUUGCCUCUGCAAAUGCGACUCUCUAAUCUAGUCGAGAAGGGAGAGAUGGAUCCAGAGUUUGAAUGUAUACCUAAUGAGUUCCACUUUGGAGAUCCGCCUAAGGAGAUCGAGUAUGAGCUUGAUCUCGAGCUACCACCCGAUAAGUACGAAUUGCAACGACCAAUCUUAAACAGUCGAAAUGCAUAUGCCUGUUGGGUAGUCUACUGCUACCGCAAGCGAGCAGUAAAAGAGGAGGACGUUAAGACUGUCCUCACUAUAUUCCCAUUCCUAGAAAAACUAGUGGAGAGAAGCGAUAUGCAUUGGAGGCGACUGUAUGCGCGUCAGCGUCUCAGACAAAAGGACAGCUUGGGUUCUACCGUUGAUUGGUGUCGCGAGUUGGACUGCGACGAAGAGACGGCAUUAAAGGUAUGUAGCGUGGCUUACGAAGAAGACCUUCUAAAACGUACGGGCGCAUUUGUGGGACAAAUAGAGGACGAUAUCGGUGAUGUGGGAGACUCAUAUUUCAACCCUUUCGAUCCAUCGAUAUACAAUAGACUCAACUAUCUAUACUCGGAGAAAGUGCCGUCAGAGUUGGAACGAGAGAAUAUUAAAAAGUUGCAACAAUUUUUCAACCUUACUCCAGAUGUCAUCUCUGAUAUCCAUACCAAGUGUUUUUCUCAUGCUCUAGAUCUACACUUCGGCAGAUUGAUUAGAGAAUCGUCAAGGGACUGGCCUAUGACAAUACGAGAUGAGCUGUUACCUUUGGCUAAAGAGCUUUAUAUACAAGAGAAACCUUUAGACAUGCUAUUGAGAAAGGCAGAACAUGAUUACCUUAAGGUGGAAGCGAAUGAGCUAAUGAUUAACCGCACUCCAGGCAAGGACUUUCUCGAGCGAUGCGAAUUUAUAAUCGACGAGUUCAAGCGACUUAAUGUUUUUUAUAAGGAGGACGGUCAACACAGGCAAAAGUUUUCUAUAGGAGCUCAAAACAAACAUGUCAUGGAAAAGAUCAUAGGAGCGUUCAUCAUAUCAUGUUGUGACGUUUACGGGAAAGUUGACCGGCAGAAGUUGGAUGAACAAUGUGCUGUAUAUGGGUUAUUUAAUGAUGAAAGGAAGGAUGUACUCAACCGACUUGGUCGAAAGUUCUAUUACCGGUUCUUGAAGAAAUUCAGUGAAGAAGAGUUGAGCAUGGAAGCGUUCAAUGAGGUGGCUCACCUGCACGAGGUGUACGAGUUCGAGCCAAAAGAUGUAGAGGAAAUAUACAAUAAGCACGUUGGUAUAAGGAUACGUGAGUGGUACGAUCCUGCAUCUGGUCUUGAAGCUUUGAAACGUACCAUUACGGUAGUUGGAAACGACAGCAUCAAUCGUUACAUUCCCUUCGAAAGGUCAAGGAGAAUUCAUUGGUUUGUCAAUAUCAUUAACGAUUGUAUCAAUAUCGGUGAUGAUAAAACGAAUACCAGAAUUUUCACUUAUCCGCCCGAUGAUUUUUUCGCGUUACAAUUUGAAGGCGGAGAAGAAAACCUCGACACUCUGCAGGGAGUAGUGAACGUUGCCAUACGUGUACUAGAGCUUUCUCCAGAGGAGAUAUACGAGGCGCGUAUUGUAAUAGCGGAGGAGAUUGGUGCUGCCGCACUAAAAAACGCAUUACAGUGCCUGAAGAUGAAGGAUGGUAUUUAUGCUGCAGAUUCCGAUAUGUCAAAGUUUGUCAGGGCACUUUCAGUGGCCCCUCCGGGCACUAUUGCCACGGUCAAGAAGGAACUGCCGCCUAUAAAAGACUACAAUCAACUUCGCAAAGUGAUCAUGAUGUUGCCAUGUUCCGAUGAAACUCUGGCUAGGUCAAUAAAAUUGCUAGACGAGGUAGAGAAGGCGUGA